CGGAAGUUCGCGCAACACGCUUGUAAACAACUCGCGAGGAGGACAAAUCAGACUGAAGUAUAUAUGAUCGUUUGUUGGAUUUAACGAAACAUCAGCUGAUCAUGGCGGCGGAGGCGGGUAAAGCGGCGGAAGGGAUGGUAGAUCUGGAAGAGCCGAAGAAAAUGACCAGAGAAGACUGGAGGAAGAAGAAAGAGCUGGAAGAGCAGAGAAAAUUGGGAAAUGCUCCAGCUGAAGUCGACGAGGAGGGAAAAGAUAUCAACCCUCAUAUUCCUCAGUACAUCUCAUCUGUCCCUUGGUACAUCGACCCUUCAAAGAGACCCACCCUCAAGCAUCAGAGACCCCAAGAGGAGAAUCAGAGUAAAUUUGCACCCAUUGGAGACUGGUACAAGAGAGGUGUACAAGAAAAAUCGGUGAGCACAAAAUUCAGAAAAGGAGCAUGCGAAAACUGUGGCGCGUUGACACAUAAGAAGAAAGAUUGUUUGGAGAGACCCCGAAAGGUUGGAGCAAAGUUUUCUGGCACAGGCAUUGCACCGGAUGAGCACCAGCAGGUUCAGCUCUCAAUGGAUUAUGAUGGAAAGCGAGAUCGCUGGAAUGGUUAUGAUCCUGAUGAGCACAUGCGCAUUGUAGAGGAAUAUUCUAAAGUGGAUCUGGCAAAGCGUACUCUCAAAGCUCAGAAACUCCAAGAGGAGUUAGCAUCUGGUAAACUAAUGGAUCAAGCUAACUCACGGAAGCAUGAGGAAGCAGUACAGGACCACAGCAGUGAAGAUGAAGAUGAGGACAAAUAUGUUGAUGACUUUGACAUGCCUGGACAAAACUUUGACUCCAAGAGAAGAAUCACAGUUAGAAACCUGAGAAUCCGAGAGGACAUCGCUAAAUACCUCAGAAAUCUGGAUCCAAACUCCGCCUACUAUGAUCCUAAGACUCGAGCCAUGAGGGAGAACCCAUACUCCAACACUGGAAAGAAUCCAGAAGAGGUGGGCUACGCUGGAGACAACUUUGUGCGCUAUUCUGGAGACACUAUUUCCAUGGCCCAGACUCAGCUCUUUGCUUGGGAAGCCUAUGAGAAAGGAUCUGAAGUUCACCUCCAGGCAGAUCCAACAAAGCUGGAGCUUCUCCAUCAGUCCUACAAAGUCAAGAAGGACGAUUUCAAAGAGAAGCAGAAAGAGACUAUUUUGGAAAAGUACGGCGGGUCUGAACACUUGGACGCUCCUCCGCGAGAGCUGCUGCUGGCUCAGACAGAGGAGUAUGUGGAGUACUCUCGACACGGGGCCGUCUUAAAAGGACAGGAGAAGGCUGUGGCUCAGUCUAAAUACGAGGAAGAUGUGCUCAUUAAUAACCACACGUGUAUCUGGGGAUCAUAUUGGAAAGAUGGCUACUGGGGUUAUAAAUGCUGUCACUCGAUGGUGAAGCAAAGUUACUGUACAGGAGAAGCUGGCAAGAAAGUAGUGAGCAAUUCUUGUACUCCGUUUGAAGAGGAUGUAGAGGAGGCACAAACAAGCGAAGAGCCAAAGACUCUUUUACAGAUGCACCAAGAAAAAUUGAAAGACAAGAAAAAGAAGAAAAAGAGCAAGAAGCACAGAGAUUCAGACAGCAGUGACGAGGAGGACGAAGCCAAAAAGAAAGAGAAGCUGAAGAAGGCAUUAAGUGCGGAGGAGCAGAGGCUGAAGCAGGUGGCUGAACUCAUGCAGGUGGAUGAGAGGAAACGGCCAUACAACAGCCUGAUGGAGGUGCGCGAGCCCACAGAAGAGGAGAUGGAGGCUUUCCGAAUGAAACGCUGCCGGCCCGACGACCCUAUGGCCUCUUUUCUGGGCCAGUGAAUAAAAACAAGUGUUUUUUUCCACCAGGCACCGAGAUGUCAUUUUCUCUUAGUGUAAAAAAAAACUGCUAAAUCUGUGUUACACAAACAUCAAACAUAGGGGUUAUAUAAGUAUGCAAAUCUUUUGCUUUAUAUAAAUCUGCUUUUAGUCAUUUAUUUUCUCAUGGUUGUCCUAGUAAUGUGUGGUAUUCGUUACUGAUACUUUGUCUUUAAUUAUUAAGCACCCCAUAAAUUGCAAAUAGGUUCUGUAUAGUGAAUCAUCUGUUUUGAUUUAAUAAAUAUGUUGCUUUCUUUUAUUUUAAAGGGGUUUAAAGGGAUAGUUCACUCAUAAAUUAAAAAUGUGACCUUAUUUUCUUACCCUUGACUUGUUUCAAACCAAAGAAUACAUUUUGAAGAAUGUUGGAAACCUUAAACUAUUGACUUUUCCAUAGUAUUUGCGUUUCCUACUUUAGGUGUUGUGGUUACCAGUUUGCAAAAUUCUUCAAAAUAUCUUUUGUGUUGGGAAAAAAAAAAUCUCAAAUUGCUUUGAAACAAGUCAAGGGUGAGAGAGUUUUGGGGUGAACUAUCCCUUUAAAUGGAAUCGUAAUGGAUGAACCUGACCAGUGUUUAAUAUUAAACAUUUCUAUUUAAACCUAAA